AUGCCAGAUGAAAAGGACCUUCCUCUUCAAACCGUCAUUGCGCUUGCGGAGAACAAUGGAACAGAGCAUGCAAUCACUCCCCAGGGCGCGCUUCUUCAAACAAACGAAGAACUUGAACUUACGUUUUCCUCAACAUGUGGGCGAUCGGGUUGCGCAGACGGACAGCCAGCAGUCUCAAUCGGAAAGGUAGAACAAACCAGAGGCCCUGUGCUGGUAUUGAACCCCCCGCUCCCUGCACGUCUGAUCGAUGAUAAUGAUAAACACCCCGGGCUACCACUUUUCAUCGGCCAGUCAGAGCCAACUGUGCUUCAAAGACGUCCGAAAACCCUCCCCGAAGACAACGGAGAGUCGGAGUCAGCCCUGAAUGCGGCACCUACCCGAUUACUGGAUGGAGGCCGCGUUCUUUGUGCUCCAGCCCACGCAGAUGAUGAAUGCACAACUUUCUUUCCUUGUGGCAGCCAGAGCGCACUGGACUUAGCAAUGAUGGCGUGGAUUUGGCCGAGAAUUGCGACGUUCGAUUCCAGGUUCAUCUACCUCGAAGCUGGUCCCAAGGAGCAGCUGCGCGAAAAUGGAACCGCGCAAUGGAGCCACGAAAGUGAUACUAUGUGA